UGAUUGGAUCGACGACUUCAACGAUAAAGCGCGCUGAUUUUGUCAACACUGUUGCUCAAUGCCAACCACAGUUCCAACCAUGUCUCAACUUUCCGGGCUUUAUCUCUUCACUUACAAUUCUCUUCAGGCCCUUGGCUGGGCAGUUUCUCUGUUUAGUCUCUUGUCCAAUUUUUUAUCAACCAAUUCCAUUCAUGGUGCUUAUGAAUCUACCGGGCAACUAAUCUGGUUGCUACAAAUUUGUUCAUUCCUGGAAGUUAUACAUGGAGUUGUAGGUAUUGUUCCGAGUGGAGUGUUGUUUCCUUUUAUGCAAUGGGGUGGAAGGACUCUUUUCUUUCUAUCAAUUGUUCGGACUAUUGAUGAGGUACAAAAGUUGCCAUCAGUUUUCAUAACUUUUAUUGCUUGGAGUCUAAGUGAGGUAAUUAGGUAUCCAUUCUAUGCUUUAAAUAGCAUUGGAACUUGUCCAUCUUGGAUAACUUACCUCAGGUACACUGCAUUCAUUGUGCUGUACCCUAUAGGACUUUUUCCUGGUGAAAUGUGGCUAAUGUAUGAAGCACUUCCAUGCAUAAAGAAGAAAAAUCUCUUUGCAGAUUUCUUUGGUGUGCUUCCCUUUAGCUACUACAAUUUUCUCAGGGUUAUGCUUGUGUGUUACCCAUUCCUCUGGUUGAAGCUUUACCUUCAUUUGUUUAAGCAGCGGGGUUCAAAACUGGGUAAAAAUCACAAGAAAAAACAUUGAAAAUUAAAGCUCUCCAGUUAUAUGAACCAAUUGAUUGUUGGUAAUAUUUGAGAGGUGUAAUUGUAAUGUUUUAAAUGUUUAGUGGUUUAUAUAUAUUUUACAUGAACCAA